GUCGGCGCCCACGGCUCGGGGAAGGUAAUUUCAUGCUCCAAAAAUGGGACAUAAAGUGGUCGUGUUUGAUAUUUCUGCAGUCAGAGCCUUGUGGGAAACUCGGGUCAAGAAGCACAAAGCAAGGCAGAAGAAAGAGGAAGAAAGACUGGAAAAAAGCGCAUUGGAAAAGAUAAAGGAGGAAUGGAACUUCGUGGCCGAGUGCAGGAGGAAAGGCGUCCCCCAGGCCACGUACUGCAAGAACGGCUUUGUAGACACCAGCGUGAAGCUUUUGGAAAAGCUUGAGAGGAACACGCUCGUAAGGCAGGGUGUACUUGCCAAGGACAGGGACAAGCGGAGCAGCCCAUUUGUGUUUGAACUUUCAGGGGAGCACUGGACGGAGCUUCCAGACUCAUUGAAGGAGCAGACGCAUCUCAAAGAGUGGCAUAUCCACAGCACCCUGAUCCAGAUCAUUCCUGCAUACAUUGAGCUAUUUCAAGCAAUGAGAAUCCUGGAUUUGCCAAAAAACCAAAUCUCGCGUCUUCCAGCUGAAAUUGGUCGUUUGAAGAACCUGAAAGAACUCAAUGUGAGUUUCAACCACCUGACAAAUAUUCCCCCCGAACUGGGAGACUGUGAAAAUCUGGAAAGACUAGACUGUUCUGGGAAUCUGGAACUAACGGAGCUCCCCUUUGAAUUAAGCAAUUUGAAGCAAGUUACAUUUGUAGAUAUCUCAGCAAACAAGUUUUCCAGUGUCCCCAUCUGUGUCCUGCGGAUGUGCAAUUUGCAGUGCUUGGAUAUCAGCAGCAAUAACCUGACGGACCUGCCACAGGACAUAGACAGGCUGGAAGAACUUCAGAGCUUCCUCUUGUAUAAAAACAAGCUGACCUACCUUCCUCAAGCCUUGCUUAACCUCAAGAAGCUCACCCUGCUGGUGGUCAGUGGGGACCAUUUGGUGGAGCUCCCAACAGCCCUCUGUGACUCCUCCACGCCUCUCAAGUUCAUAAGCCUUCUGGACAAUCCUAUUGAGAAGACCCAAAGCGAAGACGUCGAUGAAAUACUAGAAAGUGAACAAGAGCGCCAGCAUUUUGAUAAAGAGUUUAUGAAAGCCUAUAUUGAAGAUCUUAAAGAAAGAGAAUCUGUUCCCAGUUAUACCACUAAGGUAUCUUUUAGCCUUCAACUUUGAUAUCAUCCUUCAGAAGACCACAAAAUCUCACUGUCUGGCGGAACUCUAUGCAUUUAUUUAUUUAAUUCUUUUGUUGGGGGGGGCAGAGAGUUUUGAGGUAGGGGCCCACUCUUGCCAAGACUGACCUGGAACUCACUCUGUAGUUCCAGU